GCUCCUCCCUAAGAUGAACCAUUAUUCCCUCUAUAAAAAGGCCAUCCUCCCCAAAUAGAAGCACCCUGCAAGCUGCUUCAGACUCUAUACUACUGUUCCUCUGGUGAACUAGGUUAAAUUUUCAGAAAGAUGUCUAAACUCCUACAAAGUAUUAUCACUACCAUUGAUGUUUUCUACCAAUAUGCCAUCCAGAAUGGGGAGUGUGACAUGUUGAGCAAGACAGAGCUGAAAGAACUUUUGGAAAAUGAAUUUCACCAAAUUCUGAAGAAUCCAGAUGAUCCAGACACUGUAGAUAACAUCAUGCAAAGCCUGGAUCGAGAUCAUAACAAGAAAGUCAAUUUUACUGAGUAUCUUCUGAUGAUAUUCAAGCUCGCUCAGGCUUGUAAUAAAAUCAUUGGCAAGGAUUACUGCAAAGCUUCAGGGUCAAAGCAAAGAGAUUACAGUCACCAUCACCAAGAGGAACAGAAUGAAACAGAGGGAGAGGAAGACAAAGGGAGAGAAUCCUCUUCCAGAUAUUCAAGUUCAAGUGCAGGAGAGCAGGACUCCUAUUCCAGGAGCUCCAGAGGAAGCAAUAAACACAAACUUAGAUCCAACUCCAGAAAACGGGGGCAUCAAAGAGGUUUGUCUAGCUCUGGACACAGGCAAAGCUCUGAGGAAAGGACAGAGUCAAGUUUAGGCCACUUCAAGGAUAGUGAGAAAAAUAAGCAUGGCUCUCAUCAGCAAGAUAGAUCUGAGAGUGAAGAAAUUGGUUAUUCUCAUUCAAGAAAUGGCAGACAAAGAUCAAACUCAGCAAACCAGUCUGAAAGCCGUGGAGAACAAGGGCAUGAUUACCACUCUGAGAAUCAAUCUUUCAGUUCUGACCAACACUGGUCUGACUCAGAUGAGUCAACAGGAAACAGACGAAAUAAAAAGAAGUCAGACCAGUCCCUUAAUGGGCAACAUCAUGGAUUCUGCCCAGGGAGUAGUGGAGGACAAGACCACAAGUCAAAUUCAAAUGAACCCACUUGCUGUGGCCAUGAGUCUGGUGCAGGCCAGCCCUAUCCACAGAUAAGGCAUGAAACAAAUACCAGAUAUCAAUCAGGAAACUGUGAAGAACAAGGAUACUGUUCUAGUUCAAGUGAGCCCUCCAGUUAUGCAAAACAUAGGUCAAACUCAGGACAGUCCUCCAGUCAAAGAAGACAUGGAUCCAAUUCAAGUGGUCAAUCAGGGAACUGGGGAAAGCAAAAUGAGGGAUCUGGAUCAGGCGAGUCCUCAAGUUUUGAACAAUAUGGGUCUGGUUUGGGUCACUCAUCACACUAUGGAAAGCAUAGUUCCAAUUCUAGUAAUUCUUCUAGUCAAAGGCAACCUAGAUCCAGUUCAAGUGGUCAAUCUGGAUGUAGUCAACAACAAAACCAUGGUUCUGAACGAAGACAUUCAUCAAACUAUGAAGCAUAUGGGUCUGAAUCACGCAGGUCCAUAAGCAGUGGCAAAAAUCAGUCAAGCUCUUUUCAGUCCUCCACUCAAAGAAAACAAAGCAGCAGCUCAAGCCAUCAGUCAGGAAGCUACGGAAGACAAAAGCAUGGAUCAGGAACAGGACAGUCUUGUGCCUUUGGUCACCAGGGGUCUAUUCCAUCAUGUGGACAGCAUGAAUCUUCAUCUGGUGAGACCUCAAUGUCUAGCCAACAAGGGUCUGGAUUGGGUCAAUCUUUGAACCAUGGUCAACAUAGGACUGGUUCAGGUCAGUCACCUAGUUAUGGCCAACAUGGUUCAGGUGAAGGACAGUCUUCAAGAUAUGGAUCUGAAUCAGGCCAAUAUUCUGGUUUUGGAUAUGGUUGUAGCUCAGGACAGUCUUCUGGCUUUGGUCAGCAAGGAUCUGGCUUAGGUCAGUCAUCAGGAUAUGAACAACAUCAUUUUGGAAAUGGUCAAUCAUCAACCUAUGAAAAACAUACUUCUUCAGGCCAGUCCUCUGGUUUUGGACAACAAAGGACUGGAUCAGGUCAGUCUAGUUAUGACCAACACAGGUCAAAUUCAGGACAAUCUUCUAACUGUGGUCAACCAGGCUACGGAUUAAGUCAACCUUCUAGUCAGGGUACAAAUAGUUCUACCUCAGGGCAGUCAUCCCAAACUACUUCAGAAAAGACAUCAAGCUGUGCACAACAUGGAUGUAGCUCAGGUCAGUCCUCUAACUAUGGUCACCAUGAGUCUGUCUCAAGUUACCCUUCAAGGUUUGGACAACAUGAGUCUGGUUCCAGACAUUCUUCUAGCCACAGCAAACAUGGCUCUGGCUCAGGCUUUGAGCAACAUGAGUCUAGUUCUAGAGAGUCUUCUGGCUUUAGCCAACAUGAAUCUGGAUUAGGUCAGUCUCCUAGCUAUGGUCAGCAUGGGUCUGGCUCAAGUCAGUCUUCUAGCCACAGCCGACAUCCGUCUGGAUCAGGUCAGUCUUCUGGCUUUGGGCAACAUGAGUCUGGAUCAGGACAGUUUUCUGGCUCCAGUCAACAAGGAUCUGGCUUGGGCCAAUCCUCGACCUAUGGACAACAUGGUUCCACAUCAGGACAGUCAUCAUGCUGUGGACAACAGGGAUCUAGCUCAGGUCAGUCUUCUGGCUAUGGUCAGCAUGGGUCUUCCUCAAGUCAGUCUUCUAGCUUUGGCCAACACGGGUCUGCAUCAGGCCAGUCUUCUAGCCACAGCCAACAAGGCUCUGGAUUAGGUCAGUCUUCUAGGUACGGCCAACAUGGAAGUGGACCAAGUCAUUUUUCUAGCCACAGUCAACACAGGUCUGCUGGCUCAGGUCACUCUUCUGGCUUUGGGCAACAUGAGUCUGGUUCUGGAGAGUCUUCUGGCUUUAGCCAACAUGAAUCUGGCUUAGGUCAGUCUUCCAGCUAUGGUCAGCAUGGGUCUGGUUCAAGUCAGUCUUCUAGCUACAGCCAACAUCACUAUGGAUCAGGUCAGCCUUCUGGCUAUGGUCAGCAUGGGUCUUCCUCAAGUCAGUCUUCUAGCUUUGGCCGACAUAGGUCUGGCUCAAGUCAGUCUUCUAGCCACAGUCAACAAGGCUCUGGAUUAGGUCAGUCUUCAAGGUAUGGCCAACAUGGGUCUAGAUCCACUCACUCUUCUGGCUCCAGUCAACAAGGAUCUGGCUUGGGCCAAUCCUCGACCUAUGGACAACAUGGUUCCACAUCAGGACAGUCGUCAUGCUGUGGACAACAGGGAUCUAGCUCAGGUCAGUCUUCUGGCUAUGGUCAGCAUGGGUCUUCCUCAUGUCAGUCUUCUAGCUUUGGCCAACACGGGUCUGCAUCAGGCCAGUCUUCUAGACAGAGGCAACACGGGUCUGGCUCAAGAGAAUCUUCUGGUUUCAGUCAGCAUGAAUCUGGCUUAGGUCAGUCUUCCAGCUAUGGCCAACAUGGCUCUACAUCAGGACACUCGUCCAGCUGUGGCCAACAUGAAUCUAGCUCAGGUCAGUCCUCCAACUAUACUCAGCAAGGGGGGUCUUGCUCAAGUCAGUCUUCUAGCCACAGCCAACAUCGCUCUGGAUUAGGUCAGUCUUCAAGGUAUGGCCAACGUGGGUCUGGCUUUGGGCAACAUGAGUCUAGUUCUGGAGAGUCUUCUGGCUUUAGCCAACAUGAAUCUGGAUUAGGUCAGUCUCCUAGCUAUGGUCAGCAUGGGUCUGGCUCAAGUCAGUCUUCUAGCCACAGCCGACAUCCGUCUGGAUCAGGUCAGUCUUCUGGCUUUGGGCAACAUGAGUCUGGAUCAGGACAGUUUUCUGGCUCCAGUCAACAAGGAUCUGGCUUGGGCCAAUCCUCGACCUAUGGACAACAUGGUUCCACAUCAGGACAGUCAUCAUGCUGUGGACAACAGGGAUCUAGCUCAGGUCAGUCUUCUGGCUAUGGUCAGCAUGGGUCUUCCUCAAGUCAGUCUUCUAGCUUUGGCCAACACGGGUCUGCAUCAGGCCAGUCUUCUAGCCACAGCCAACAAGGCUCUGGAUUAGGUCAGUCUUCUAGGUACGGCCAACAUGGAAGUGGACCAAGUCAUUUUUCUAGCCACACUCAACACAGGUCUGCUGGCUCAGGUCACUCUUCUGGCUUUGGGCAACAUGAGUCUGGUUCUGGAGAGUCUUCUGGCUUUAGCCAACAUGAAUCUGGCUUAGGUCAGUCUUCCAGCUAUGGUCAGCAUGGGUCUGGUUCAAGUCAGUCUUCUAGCUACAGCCAACAUCACUAUGGAUCAGGUCAGCCUUCUGGCUAUGGUCAGCAUGGGUCUUCCUCAAGUCAGUCUUCUAGCUUUGGCCGACAUAGGUCUGGCUCAAGUCAGUCUUCUAGCCACAGCCAACAAGGCUCUGGAUUAGGUCAGUCUUCAAGGUAUGGCCAACGUGGGUCUAGAUCCGCUCACUCUUCUGGCUCCAGUCAACAAGGAUCUGGCUUGGGCCAAUCCUCGACCUAUGGACAACAUGGUUCCACAUCAGGACAGUCAUCAUGCUGUGGACAACAGGGAUCUAGCUCAGGUCAGUCUUCUGGCUAUGGUCAGCAUGGGUCUUCCUCAAGUCAGUCUUCUAGCUUUGGCCAACACAGGUCUGCAUCAGGCCAGUCUUCUAGCCACAGCCAACAAGGCUCUGGAUUAGGUCAGUCUUCUAGGUACGGCCAACAUGGAAGUGGACCAAGUCAUUUUUCUAGCCACAGUCAACACAGGUCUGCUGGCUCAGGUCACUCUUCUGGCUUUGGGCAACAUGAGUCUGGUUCUGGAGAGUCUUCUGGCUUUAGCCAACAUGAAUCUGGCUUAGGUCAGUCUUCCAGCUAUGGUCAGCAUGGGUCUGGUUCAAGUCAGUCUUCUAGUUAUGGUGGAUACAGUUCUGGAACAGGUCAAUCUUCUAGCAACAGCCAAUAUGGAACUCCUUCAGGUCAGUCCACAAGUUACGGCCAACAUGGGUCUUUCUCAGGUCAUUAUUCUAACCAUGGCCGACACGCAUCUGGCUCAGGUCAGUGUCACAGUUAUGAGCAAUAUGAAUCUGGUUCAUAUCCCUCAGCACACUCAGAACAGUAUGGUUCUGGAUCUGGUCAGUGUUCUAGCUCUGAACAAUAUGGGUCUCAUUCAUGUCCAUCAUCAAGUUCAGGACAAUAUAGCUCUGGAUAUGGCCAGUGUUCUAGCUCUGAACAAUAUGGAUCUCACUCAUAUCCAUCAAGUUCAGGACAAUAUGCUUCUGGGUCUGGUCAAUGUUAUAGCUCUGAACAAUAUGGGUCUGGUUGUUGUCCCUCAAGCUCAGAACAAUAUGGUUCUGGAACUGGUCAGUAUUCAAGCUGUGAACAAUAUAUGUCUGGCUCACGAGGAAAAUGGGAAUCUAACUAUCCCUGUUCAAACUGCAAUGAAGGGCAACCAAGAAGCAAUUAUAGACGAGUAGAAAGGUCUUCAGGUUGUGGCUUUGAACAAUUUACACCUUCUUUUGAACAGUCUAGGUACAAUACUAUCAAUAAAUUGUCAAUUUCCAAAGAGAACAACAGACAAGGUGGCUCUUAUUAUCAGAGAAGAGGAGAAAGUUAUUGUGAAGGGGAAAGUAAAGGCUCAAGUUCCCACAUUUUUCUCAGCAGCACUCCACUUUAUGAAUAUGUCCAAGAGCAGAGGAGCUAAUUCUAGGGAUAAAUAAUAAACAGAAUUGAAAUUAAGACAAGAAGUAAUUUAGAAAAUAACAAACUAUUGUGAACAAGAAAUUAAUCAUGAAAUCAUGAAAUUUCUUCUUAAAAAUGGAUUCUAUGUUCCUCUCUUUCUUUUAAGCCUUGUAUUCUAUUCCUUGUUAUUGGGUUUCUUCCAAAGAAUGUAGGGUGUUUGGGCUACUUUGUUAGGAAAUAUUGAGUUAAAUAUAUAACCAGUGUGGAGGGCCAAAUUUGUAAUAAUGUAAAACAUUUAAAGAACUUGGGGUUCGAUUAAGGUGUUUUUGAAAGCUCACUAUUCAAUCAGCAAUGAUUUCAAAGCUAAGUUUUCACUUCUAAAAAGAAAAUAAUUAUGAAUGCAUUGCAAGUCAUAGAACCAAAGACUUCUCUUAUAGCAAAAUACAUCCUAAUUUCAGCGUGCCGCAUGUUGAAUGGUAGCAGAAGGCAGAAGGCCUUAAAAGUAAGAAUGUAGUACAAUUUAAAUUUCUUUUCAGAACCAUGAAGUCCCUCUUCUUGGGUAUAUCUUUAAUCAGCAAGCAAACCAAUGGCAUUAAAAAGAGCUUCAGGUACUUCUUCCUAUCCAGGAACAUUAUUUCUUAAAGAGCAGAGAUGAAUUGGCUAAAGGUCAAUGAAUCCAAACAUGGGCCUUAACUUAGUUACAGAAAGAAAGAUCUUGCACUCUACUUCCAAUAAUUUGCUCUAUAUUGGAAAACUUCAGAUGAGCUGUAGCAGGGAAAAACAGUGACUUCAACCCACUUCUAUAGCUAACUGGCUUUUUCAUAUAGAAAAAUAUCAUGCAAACCCAAAUGGAAAGGAAAAGUAUCUAUUACUGUAUACAGUUCUAUGGUUUGACUGUAAUGUAUUUGCUUCAAAUCACUAGGUUUGAACAAUUAGAUUGCAUUACAAUUGAAAAUAAAUAAAUGGUAAUAAAAUAUUGA